AUGGAGCAUCCUCCGCAGUAUACUCCGACCGAGCAGGAGCUCACACAAAUUCUUGUCACUGAGCUCUUGGCGCACCAGUUUUGCUUUCCAGUACAAUGGAUCGACACACAAGAUACCAUUCUCCGCGACUUUGCCACGGAGAGGAUGGUUGAGAUUGGACCUGCAGAAACACUGGUGAACAUGGCCAAGAAGACUCUCAAGGCUGGAUAUGAAUCUCAAGAUAUUGCACGUGGCCUGCAACGUGAGUUGCUCAGCUACAAAAAGAAUGUCGACGCUAUAUACUACAAGAUACAGGCAGAAGAGGCUGCUGCUAGUACAUCCAAAACGCCUGCAGUUGUAGAGGCCGCCCCAACUCCCGCUGCUGCCGUAUCUGUGGCUCCUGCUCCGGCAGCACCUGUCCCUCAGGGUGUUUCGGUGCCGGACAAGGCUCUCGAACCCAUAGACACUCUUUCUACUCUUGUGGCUGUUGCACUGAAGAAAUCGGUCGGAGAUAUCUCCAAGGACCAGACUAUCAAGGCACUCUGUGGCGGUAAAUCUACUGUCCAGAACGAGAUCAUCGGUGAUCUGACUAAAGAGUUUGGAUCUCUGCCGGAUCAACCAGAGGAUAUUGCUCUCGCAGAUCUCGGUAUUAAUCUGGCUGAUUCUGGUGUCGGUAGCAAGUUGGGAGCAUGCACCAAUGCUCUAGUUGGUAAAGCCGCAUCUGCCAAAUUGCCCGCAGGCUCCAACAUUGCCAGUCUCCGCAACUACCUCGAUGGCCGUUGGGGUUUCAAGCAAGGCCUCCAAGACCGCGCACUGCUCCUAGUUGUCGCUCGCCAGCCGAGCUCUAGGCUGCCUGGCGAGAAGGAACUUCACUCGUUUCUGGAUGACGUCGCCCAGGAUGUUCUGCGCAGUGUCGGCGUUGACCCUGCCAGCCUUUCAUCCGGUGGCACACAAGGCCAGUCUGCUGGUACCGCCACAGUCUCUUCCGAAGCCCUGCACGCUCUACAAAAGGAGCAACGCGGUCAGGACAAGACACUGCUUGACUUGUACGCAAAACGUCUCGGAUUCGACCUCCAGGAGGCGGGCAUCCAGGGAAAGAAGUCAAAAGCAAUGAUUGAAGAACUACAAAGUAAGAUCGAUGCCUGGAGUGCGGAGCAUGGUGAAGCUUAUGAGCGUGGCAUUGCCCCAAAGUUCGACACUAAGAAGAUCCGAAAGUACGACUCGUACUGGAAUUGGGUCGUGCAGGACAUCUUGUCUCUCUUUGCCACUGCCAUGGCCGGCCAGGCCGAGAAGUUCGAAGCUCAGAUCAGAGAGCGCUUGUCCAAAUUCCCGAUUCGAGUGACGCCGCAACUACUGGAUGUUACACGCUAUCUUUUGCGCACGCUUAAGGAGUUUCCCGAGAGCCCGAGAAAAGAAGUUACUCAGGAAUGGUUGCAAGACCUGCAGAGAGCUUGCACUUCUGCCAAUGCUAAGCGACAGCCAUCGUUCAAGAACUCAGUAGUCUCCACCGUGCCAGUCUUGCACAUUGAUGACAAGGGCAAAAUCUCAGUCCAUGAGAUGCCUCGUAUCUCUCGCACCGCGGACGCAAUGUCCGUCAUGUCUCUGGACGAUGGUGAUGACGCUAGCUCCAACAUUGACGGCUUCUCCUACCGAUCAGGUAUAUCCACUCCUUCAGUGUCCGAGGCGGUUUUCAGCCGUCACCCUGCCAGAACAAUGUCGGGCGCCGACUCACCUCUCAGUUCGACGUACACAAGCCCAGUUUAUGUUGAAGGUGGCCCAUCCCCGGCGGGGAGCUAUCCCGGUGCUUCGAGUCUGAAAUGGACCCCUGAGCUUCAGACCAAGGGCCGAAGUGGUUGGCGCCGAAAUGACGACAUCACCAACGGGUACCUACGAUGGUUCCAGAAAGCGUCUACCGAAGGUGUCUCGUUCAAUGAGAAGGCGAUACUGGUGACUGGCGCAGGAAAGAACUCCAUCGGCUCCGAGAUUGUGGCCAUGUCGCUGGCUGCCGGUGGAAAAGUGCUAGUCACCACCAGCUCCUACUCAAAGGCGACUGUGGACUAUUACCAGGACCUGUAUCGCCAGCACGGUGCCCGACAAUCGCAACUUGUGGUAGCUCCCUUCAACGGUGGUAGUAACCAAGACAUUCAAAACUUGGUCAAUUACAUCUACGACGAUGCUUCCAAAGGAGGUCUUGGAUGGGAUCUUGACCAUGUCAUUCCUUUCGCCGCUGUUGGUGAAGCUGGUCGGGCUGUGGAUGGAAUUGAUGACAAGUCCGAAUUGGCUCAUCGAGUGAUGCUUACCAACUUGGUCAGGCUGUUGGGUGCGGUCAAAUCAAACAAGGCACAACGGCGCAUUGAGACCCACCCGACUCACGUUCUGCUUCCUCUGUCGCCCAACCACGGCAUCUUUGGUCAGGAUGGCCUAUAUGCCGAGUCAAAGAUUGGUCUUGAAGCACUGAUGAACAAGUGGUGGUCUGAAGACUGGAAUGACUACUUGACACUAUGCGGAACUGUCAUUGGCUGGACUAGAGGAACUGGUCUGAUGAGCAACAACGAUGUCCUUGCAACUGGUAUCGAAGAGGAUCUGGGCAUUCGCACGUUCUCGGCUUCUGAGAUGGCUUGGCAUAUCGUUGGUCUCAUGGACUCUAGCGUGGCGUCUUUCUGUGACCUCGAGCCCCUGAUGGCUGAUCUGACCGGAGGCUUGUCAGCCUCUAUGAACUUGAAGCCAGUCUUGGACCAGAUUCAAGACAACAUCAACUCAAAGAGCGAGAUCAAGAAAGCCAUUGCCAAAGAAGAGGCCAUCGAGUCGGGCGAAGAUAUCUCUGCUGUUCCGGAACCCAAGAAGCUCUUAAAGAAGGCACAGAUUCACGUUGAGGAGGUCAACUUGCCUGAUUUCAAGGAGCUCAAGCCUCUCGCAGCUAACCUCCAGGGUAUGGUUGAUCUAGAGCGAGUUGUGGUAGCUGUUGGAUUUGGUGAAUCUGGUCCCUGUGGUAGUGCCAGAACACGCUGGGAAGCCGAAUGCUCUGGAACAUUCUCAGUCGAUGGUUGCGUCGAGCUUGCAUGGAUCAUGGGCCUCAUCAAGUACCACAACGGCCCGCUUCAGGGUAAAGACUACUGUGGCUGGAUCGAUGCAGAGACCAAGGCUCCCAUUGCCGAUUCUGAUGUCAAGUCCAAGUAUGAGGACUACAUUGUUGAGCAUACUGGUAUCCGUCUUAUUGAGUCACAAGAGCACGACCUUACAACCCCCGAUAAGCAACAGGUCCUCCACGAGGUUGUCAUCACAGAGGACCUGGAACCCUUUGAGGUUUCGCUUGAGACCGCCGAGGACUUCAAGAGAGAGCAUGGUGAAAAAGUUGUCAUCACCGAAACCCCCGAUGGUCAAUUCUCCGUCUCUCUCAAGGCGGGUACAACUCUCAUGAUUCCAAAAGCUGUGACUUUCAAGAAUGGAGUCGGAGCACAGCUUCCAACUGGUUGGGACCCUAGAAUCUAUGGCAUUCCCGAGGAUAUCAUUGGCCAGGUUGAUCCGAUCACACUUUACGCCCUAGUCUCAACCGUAGAGGCCUUCUUGUCGGCUGGCAUCACGGAUCCCUACGAACUAUACAAGCACAUUCAUGUUUCCGACCUUGGCAAUGCAGUCGGUGCCAGUCUUGGAGGUGUCAAGUCUCUCGAGAAGAUGUUCAAGAGAAGAUUCCUUGACCGCCAAGUUCAGAAGGAUAUCCUGGCAGAAACAUUCGUCAAUACCACUGCCGCGUGGAUCAACAUGCUUCUCGUUGGCUCUUCUGGACCCAUUCGUACGCCAGUUGGUGCCUGCGCCACCUCGCUCGAGAGUCUUGACACUGGCUAUGACCUGAUUAUGAAUGGAAAGGCCAAGGCAGUGCUCGUGGGUGGCACAGACGCCCUAGAACGCGACACCGCGGGUGAAUUCGCCAACAUGCAAGCCACCAUUAAUGCUGAGAAGGAUGCAGCUGCAGGCCGCACACCCAAGGAGGCUUCCCGACCUACAACCACUACACGUGGCGGUUUUGUCGAGGCCGAGGGAUGCGGUAUUCAACUGCUGACCACCGCAAAGUUGGCGCUUGACAUGGGCUUGCCAAUUCGUGGCAUCAUCGCGCUGACGCACACGGCCUCUGACAAGAUCGGUCGAUCUGUCCCUGCUCCAGGCAAGGGUGUAUUGACGAUCGCAAGCGAGAAGCAGAACAAGUUUAUGUCGCCUCUCCUCGAUAUUGCACACCGCCGUAGACAUCUCUCUCAUCGCCUUCACCAGAUUGAGGAGAAGCGCGACAUGGAGCUGACCUGGCUCAACGAGCGCCUUCUUUCCAUGAGGGGUCGCCGUACCUCGGUUGAUACUGUUGUCGAUGACAACAUCACGACGGACGAAUUUGCCGAGCAGUGCCGUCGCGAUAUUGAGGCUGAUGCACAGCGUGCCUUCAAGGAGGCACAGAAUACAUAUGGCAAUGAGUUCUGGAAGCACGAUGAUUCCAUCUCGCCGCUGCGUGGUUCCCUGGCUGUUUGGGGUCUAACCAUUGAUGAUCUCAGCGUCGCCAGUUUGCACGGCACAAGUACUAAGAAGAAUGACACCAACGAAACGGGGGUUGUACAGAGUCAAUUGUCCUUCCUCGGUAGAACUCAAGGCAACGUUUUGCCCUGCGUUUUGCAAAAGAGUCUUCUGGGACAUGGAAAGGGUGCAGCUGGUGCCUUUGCCGUAAAUGGAUGUCUCCAGAUGCUCAACACGGGUCUGAUUCCGGGUAACCGCAACGCUGACAACAUUGACGCCGACUUGCGAAGCCGAGACCUGCUCUUCUUCCCGUCGCAGACGUAUAGCACACCGACGGGUAUCAAGGCCUUUAGCGUAACCUCGUUCGGUUUCGGACAGAAGGGUGCCCAAGUUAUUGGAGUUCACCCCAAAUAUCUCUUUGCUACAGUCACCGAGAAACAAUACGAGGCCUAUAAAGUCAAGGUUGCCGCUCGCCAGACCCAGGCUACCCGCUUCUUACAGGAGGCCAUCUAUGGAGGCAAGCUUGUGCAGCUCAAGGAUAAGAGCGUCUAUGAGGAUGAGAUGCUAGAAGAGACACUUCUGAACCGAUUUUAA